AUGUUUAGGAACGAGUCUGCUUCUGCGCAAAAAGCCCUGGUAGCGCAGGCUUUGAAAGCUGAACGGGAUGUAUCAACGGCCGCGUCCCGUAAAAAGGCGCUUGAUGCUGCCAUCACUGCUGCGGAAAGUUACAUGAAAGCUCUUCGACUGAGCACCACUGCCAAAGACAGACAAAGGCUGGACGCCAAAUGCAAAGAACUGCUCACGAGAGCGGAGACGAUAAAAGUAGCCAAGGACUGGCAACCCGCAGCACGUGGAGUUCCUAGAAAACUGCCCACGUCGCGAGCACCUGUGUCGUAUCGAAAGCUAACAACCCGUGAAGAAAUAAUUCUUCUGGAAGGCGCGAAACUGAACGGCUUCAUCUUCCCGCCAUGGGUCGCCUCUCCGGGGUUCGAAGAGUUCGAGCAAGAAGAUGGGGCGAAGCUGUAUCUUGACAAACCUGAGCUUCAUCUCUCAAGCUCCCAGAAGGAGAUAUUUGCUGGCUGGAAGCGACCUCGUGAAUUACUGUCUGAAAAAAUGACAGGCAAUGCCAGAAGCGAACCAGUCAUGUCUGUCUCGGGGAAGGUCGACCUCGUGCAAGACAUGCUGACAGACUGCUCUGUUGUAGCCAGUCUCUGCGCUACAACGGCGAGGGCGGAGCGCUGGCCUGACAAGCGCUCUCUCCUAACCACCUAUCCUUCUGAUUAUGAUGAAACAAAUCCAGUAGUCUCGUCCUCUGGAAAAUACGUCUUCUGCUUCUAUUUCAACGGAUGUUUCCGAAAAGUGGUCGUGGACGAUCGUCUGCCGUCCUCUAACACUCCGAGAUUUCUUCACAUGAUUGACCGAAACCAUCUCAACUAUCUGUGGCCUGCAUUAGUCGAAAAGGCAUAUCUUAAAGUCCGCGGGGGCUACGAUUUUCCUGGAAGCAAUUCCGGCACAGACCUGUGGGUGUUGACCGGUUGGAUACCUGAACAAGUUUUUUUGCACCACGAAGAUGUAACAUCUGAGCAGCUUUGGAAUCGACUCUACAAGGCCUUUCAUUAUGGAGACGUACUACUAACCGUCGGUACCGGGAAACUCACAGAGAGUGAGCAGGAUGGAUUGGGCCUCGUGAGUGAACACGAUUAUGCGAUCUUGGACAUGAAGGAGUCCAUGGGACGACGCCAAUUUUUAGUCAAAAACCCCUGGGCCGGAGCCGAAGCUGAUGUCCGACACCAAGACAUAAAUACCAGUCCCAGAAGGAGGAACCAGGAUCACCUUACAACGUCAAGCUCUCCAGGCUCUUUUUGGAUUGAAUGCGACAAUGUCCUUCAGAACUUUGACAAUCUGUACCUGAAUUGGAACCCUGAACUAUUCAAAUACCGCGAAGACAUUCAUUUUACAUGGGAUCUCUCCAGUCGGAGUGUUGCUGGCUGUUUUGUGAAGAAUCCCCAGUUUGCAGUAUCUACUGACACUGGAGGUACUGUCUGGCUCCUCCUUGGCAAGCACCUGAUGGGAAAUGAACCCUACCGGUCUCAAACACACACGGACUCAUCUGCGCAAGACGAGGAAGUAGGGUUCGUGAGUAUUUACGUGUUCAAGGCCGACGGGAAAAGAGUUUACCUCAGUGACGGCGCAAUUCAUCGGGGGCCUUAUGUCGACUCUCCAAACACGCUCGCAAGGCUCGAAAUGCCACCUGGUACGACUUACACUGUAGUGAUAUCAGAGCAGUCACUGCCUGCCAUGAGUCAAAACUUCACUCUAUCGGCCUUGUCAACUUCAUCGGUGACACUGUCCCAUUCCAAAGAUAAAUAUACAUGUGUGACUAAGGUCCAGGGAGCUUGGACUCCUUCCACUGCGGGGGGAAAUGCAGAGUCGGCACGAUAUCCAUUAAACCCACAGUUCAGCCUAGAAGUGCCAGUUCAAACGUCCGCAUCCAUCUUAUUGGAAACCACAAAUGCAGAUCUAGCUACGCACGUCAAGCUAUUCUGGUCCAACGGCAAGCGCGUAUCCAGGGUGCGAACUCGUGAUCUUAUCACCGACAGCGGCGACUACCGUCGAGGCUGCGCUGUUGCGGAAACUAGGACUUUAACAAGGGGAGUGUACACCAUCGUGUGUUCUACAUUUGCCCCAGAUCAACUUGGCCAGUUUACUCUGUGGGUUUCAACCACUCAUCCGUGUAAGGUGAAGCCCCUCCCAGGAGAAGCGGCCGGUCGACGUGCGGUGAUUUCAGACAUCGGUGUCUUGCCUCCAGGCAAAGACAAAUUGUUAGCUCCUCUACGCGUACCGCGACUGACGCGCAUAAAGCUCAUUGCUAGAAGCAGACUCUCUAUUAUCGGCAGUCGUGCAGUUGCGCCGUCGCCGAUGCUAAUGACCGUGGAGCUCGGUCAGGGUCCGUAUAAAGAAAUCCUAGCAUCCUCGGAAGACGGCAAUUAUACAGAUGCUGCGGCUGGGAUACGUAUUGAAGAUUUCGACCUGGGACCCGAGCUUGAACAAAGAAGUGGAGUUUGGAUUGUCGUGGAGCGGAUUGGGGGGCCGGGAGGACAGGUUGAGGAUCAUCUUGAAGUGGAGGCCCUGGCCGAGGAACGAGUGGAAAUCGGAGAAUGGAUUGUCGAGGAUGCAUGAAUUACCAGCAGCUGAGCUGAAUAUACUUCUUCCAGCUUUCAUUGUAUGAGUUUUUGUUAGGUAGAUGGCAUGGCCUGAAUGAGUGCAGGAAGAAAAAGGGGAUAUCAGCAUGUGGAGCUUUGAGUUGGCCGUCAAUUCAUUGAAAUUCAUGUGGAAAUCUCAAUUUUCCUGGACUGCCCAUGUGCUUGCACGGUGUCCGGCGGCUUCCUUGUAUUUAAAGGGUGUUGGAGUGCUGCAUUAUUCGCAGUUCCUUUAAUCCAAGAGAGGAGGUUCGAGCUCAGCAGAGAAGAAAGAGAGAAGAACCACAGCGUAGAUACUUCCACUCAGCCAUCCGUUAGAAGAAACCU